AUGAAGACUUCACCUGGAUCCUUCUUGACAUUUACUCGCCCUCCUCUCGAUGGGUCGCUCACCUACCCAGAAAUCUUUGACUACAACGCACAACACAGCCCGGACCAUCCCGUCUUUCAAUUCUAUGAUCAAGACCAUAUUCAAAGGAUCACUUGGAGUGAGGUCACCAAGGCCAUCCAUGCUGCUGGUCGUAUUGUUCUUGAGUACGUUCCUCGAACGGACACCGUCCCGGUUGUAGGAGUCCUGGCAAAUGCUGAUAGCAUCACAUUUCUCACCGUGGUUGCUGGUAUUAUACGUGCCGGGUACACUGCGUUCCCAAUUUCUACCCGCAACUCUCCAGCUGCAGUCGCUCACUUGCUUGAAAGCACUGGAUGCAAGUCUCUAUUUGUCAGUGCUGAUCCCGCUAUGCAGGAAGUCGCCCGUGUGCAAGACGGCGUAACUACGAUACCGAUGCCAACAUUCGAAGACCUCUACUUGAAGGAUCAUUCGGAGCCACUGCCGCAUGUGCGGCCUGACUGGGAACAACUAGCGCUCAUUAUACACUCAUCAGGAUCAACACGCUUCCCCAGUCCAAUUCCCCACACGCAUCGAUUUUAUAUGAUGCAGGGGGUCUGGUUAUCUUACGGAGACAUGGAUGUUUGCGGGCAUGUUCUUUCGGCACAUGCCUCAGCUAUGUAUCAUCUCAUGGGGUGCUGGACACUGAUGGUCGCCGCGUCAGACGGUGUAACCAUAGCAGUAUUCCGUCCUGAAAAUCCACCCAUAGUGCCAACGCCAGAGCGUGUUUUGGAAGGAAUAGUAGCAACGAAAUGCACGGUUGUGCUUUGUGUUCCUCACUUCUUCGAGGCAUGGGCACGCGAUCCUUCCGCUGCCGAAGUUCUAAAGAAGGUUACAGUAGCAUUGUUUGGAGGUGGACCGCUCGCCAAAUCUGCUGGAGACUCGUUGGUAGCCAAAGGUGUGCCCCUCUGCGCCUUGUUCGGCAGUACCGAAACCACCUUCUCUGCUAAGCUAAUUCCCAAAGAGACGCCUGCUGAAGGGUGGGAAUGGUUUGAGUGGGCACAUUAUAUCAACUAUGACCUUCUCCCAAUCGACGGUGAAGAGAAUAUGUUCCACGUAAUCAUUAGGGAAAAUCCUAAAACCGGAUAUUCUCCUGCGGUCUUCAACACCACAAUAGACGGCGUCAGGGCGUACGAUACUACAGACAUAUUUAUCAGGCAUCUCGUCAAUCCUGAAAUGUUCAAGUGCUAUGGAAGACACGAUGACCAAAUUAUCCAUAGCACUGGGGAAAAGACGAACCCUACGCCAAUUGGCAUGUUCAAUUUCUUCCAUCUUCUGUACUAUGCUAAUAUUCUAGCAGAAAAAACGAUUACUACUGACAGACGAAUUGCCGCCGCCGUUAUGUUUGGCCGAUCUAGAUUCCAACCCGGGGUGCUGGUCUCACCAGCUCCGGGAUAUGAGUUUGACCCAACCAACGAGAAAGACCUUGCCGACUUCCGUGCGAGCAUUUGGGACACGGUGUCCAAAGCGAAUGAAGAGGCACCGCAGCAUUCAAGGAUCUUCAAAGAGAUGAUCAUUGUUACGCAUCCAUCCAAGCCUUUCACAUUCACCUCUAAAGGAACUCUUCGACGACCAGCUAUUCUUGAGGCCUACAGUAAGGAGAUUGAGGCGGCAUACGAAGCGGUAGAAAAUAUCUCUCUUUCCAGUGUCCCGGCACCACAGAAAUGGAGUGUCGACGAUAUUACAGAAUGGAUUGGGCGCAUUGUGCACAACCUUCUUCAUACCGAUGCUCAAAUCUCUGAUACGCAGGACAUCUUUGUUGUCGGAGUUGACAGUCUCAUAGCCAUUGCGAUCCGCAACACGAUUGUCAGUACCCUUCGGAAAACCCACAUAAUCUCCACCAGUGCCAUCCGGGCUCUACCACAGAAUUUCGUUUUCAAUAACCCGUCGAUAUCUCUUUUAGCCGCCUUCGUUCAUAAAGCUAUCACUACCUCUCUGGCUAAUGGAACUACGGAUACUUCUGACUCGGACGACGACGAGGGUGAGCCUGUAAUUGCGUUCACGAAACUUCCGGAACCGGGAGAGACCAUCGUCAAGCUCAGAAAAGGGAAAGGAGAGCCGCCGCUAAUUGCCUUCCACGGAGGUGCGGGUCUUGCAUUCGACUUCAGGUCAUAUCCAGAGAAAUUCCGCACAGCUGUGUCGACUGUCCAGGUGACGCCGGAUGCGCCGAUGACGAGUCUGGAAGAUCUCGUAGCAUUUUACAGACGUAAAAUCAAGGAGCAACAGCCCACUGGACCAUACCGUUUUGCUGGAUACUCUGCGUCAAGCAUACUCGCUUUUUUGAUGACCCAGGAGUUUGAGCGUCAUGGUGAUACCGUAUCGCAGCUUACUAUGUUGGAUCUUUUCCCCUCUGUUUUCUUACACCAAAUCCCCCCUGCCGACCAUCCAAACCGCAGAGAGGAGUUCAUCGCUGCCGUCAUUAAGAUCAUGCUGGAUUUAACGGCGUGGGAUAAGAGUAGGAAAAGUUCUGUCGAUGCACUGCGCUCUGCUUUCAACGGAACCGGUGGUUCGCCUUUACAGAGACUGACGAUGAAUAUUGCGCGGCAGUUUUCGGGCUUGAUUGGUGAUUUUUGUCUUCGGCCUGAUAUAGAAGAGUGGAUGGGGAGCAUGAAGGAUGUCAAGGCUCCGGUUACGGUGUAUGUUGCGGAGGAGGGCGCAAGACUUAUACCAAUGCCGAAAGAGGAACAAGACGACCUAGGAGCUUCAUGUUGGGUGCCGGGAGCCAGAGUCGUGCGAGUACCUGGAGGUCAUAUGGACUUUCUGGACCACGACUUGGUUAUUGCAGGGUUACAAGAAGGCUAUCUCUGACCCGCUUCACAUUCAAUAUAGUAUCAUUUGACUCUUAAAGCAAGGAUCUAAUAGGCUAGAUGGGUCACUAGAAUUGAAAUGAGAAUGUACUAC